UUUGUAAAAAUAAAUAAUACUAUAUAAGUAUAUACUCAAAUAUAUUUUGAAAAUCUAAAAUUUAAAAUGUGCCAACGCAGAAUUUUAAAAGUUGCUUACCACGGAAACCGUCAGUUAAUCCGUUAUAAGCUGGGCAGCACUUAUGAUGAAAUUCUUAAGACGAUCAUGCAACACUUCCAGAUUCCAAGCAAACGCAAAUCAGCAUCAUCUCUCAAGCUUACCAAUGAAGCCGGAAAAGUAUUCAGUAAACGUCAACUCAAAAACUAUCUGUUAUUGUUUCCGAACACCAAAAUUACAUUCCAUUUACAAAGUAACCAACAAACGACAGCAAGUUCGGGAAGGAACCUGAGCAUAUUACCACGAAGCAAUAUUGCAAUUAACACUGUAACCACAAAUCAGCAAAAGAGCCGAAAGCGUCAGCGCGAAACCGAUUACGAGUACGAUCCAACCUACCCAACGACACCUGUAUUUCGCAUGAACUGUUUCAUAGGCGUGUAUCCCGGCAAAUGUACACCACCGCCUACAAAACGUGUCCGUUUCAGCGAAUCUUCAAACAGCAUCAGAAUUAUACCUGCGCGAUCCGAAACAAAAGAAGUUGUUCAAGGUGCGCUGCAGCGGACGAGUUCUUUCGUGGGUGAAUAUCCCCAAAUGGCAACACAAACAAAACUAACGGCGGAGCAUUUUAAUUAAUCGAAGGUUACAAAGAGUAUAUAACAAAGGAAGUUGUAACAACAUAAACUCGUACAUUUCUCUAUCAAGCUUUCGAAUUAAGUUACAGUUCUUUAUUAAAGAAGUCGGAUAGCUUAAUCAGGUUUAUAAGUUUGGUAAUAGAGCUGCGCUAAAAGCGCAAAAAUAUUCAUAGAAGUAUUGUAUCUAAGUACAUAACCAUUGAAGACUC